AUGUUUUUUUACAUUUCUAUCAUCAACCUCUUCUUCUUCUUCUUCUCUUUUUAUACCUCCGUUUUCUCUCAUUUUUUCCUCUUUCUUCUUCUUCUUCUUCUUCUUCUUCUUAUUAUUAUUAUUAUUAUUAUUAUCAUCCUAGUUUUUUAUGUUUUCUCUUUUUUCUACUUAUUAUUAAUAUCUUUCUACAUCUCUAUCAUCAACCUCUUCUUCUUUUCCUUCUUCUUCUUCUUCUUCUUCUUCUUCUCCUUCUCCUUCAUCUUUUCUUCUUCUUCUUCAUAUUAUUAUUAUUAUUAUUAUUAUUAUUAUUAUUAUUAUUAUCUUUCUAUAUGCCCGUUUUCUAUUCCAUCUUUUCCUCUUUCUCCUUCUUCUUCUUCUCUUUUUAUAUCUCCGUUGUCCCCUUUAUCUUUUCCUCUUCUUCUUCUUCUUCUUCUUCUUCUUAUUAUUAUUAUUAUUAUUAUUAUUAUUAUUAUUAUUAUUUUUCUAUAUGUCCGAUUUUCUUACAUCUUUUCCUAUUUCUUAUUAUUAUUCUCGUUUUUUAUCUGUUUUCUGUUUUAUCUUUUUCUCUUUCUUCUGCUUCUUCUUAUUAUUAAUGUCUUUCUACAUCUCCUCUAUCAUCAUCAUCAUCAUCAUCAUCUUCUUCUUCUUCUUCUUCUUCUUCUUCUUCUUCUUCUUCUUCUCUUCAUUUUCUUCUUGUUCGAUUACUUUUUUUUUAAAUGUCUACCAAGAACAAAAUAA